AUUCCCCGCGGCAACGCGCUACUCGUACGCGUAUCUAACCUCGACUGCUUUCUAUGGUCAACGUGAAGGAUGCCCAGAGAAAUCAUAACCAUCCAGGCCGGCCAGUGCGGCAACAACAUUGGGAGUCAGUUCUGGCAACAGCUUUGCCUGGAGCAUGGAAUCAGUCAGGAUGGGAACUUGGAAGAGUUCGCGACCGAGGGAGGCGAUCGCAAAGAUGUCUUCUUCUACCAGAGUGACGAUACCAGAUAUAUCCCUCGAGCCAUCUUGCUGGACCUAGAACCUAGAGUUCUCAAUGGCAUUCAAACUGGCCCUUAUCGAAACAUUUACAAUCCUGAAAACUUCUUUACUGGACGGCAUGGUAUGGGUGCUGGGAAUAACUGGGGUGCUGGGUAUGCCGCUGGCGAAGUUGUACAGGAGGAGAUAUUCGAUAUGAUCGACCGAGAAGCAGAUGGAAGCGACUCAUUGGAGGGGUUCAUGCUUCUGCAUUCGAUUGCAGGAGGGACGGGCUCAGGAUUGGGUAGCUUCAUCCUGGAACGGAUGAAUGAUCGAUUCCCCAAAAAGCUGAUCCAGACAUACUCCGUCUUUCCGGACACACAAGCUGCAGACGUCGUUGUCAACCCGUAUAACAGCCUUCUCUCCAUGCGAAGGCUUACACAGAAUGCAGACUCUGUCGUGGUUUUGGAUAAUGCAGCCCUCUCAAGCAUUGUUGCAGAUAGACUCCAUGUUCAGGAACCAUCGUUUCAGCAGACGAAUCAGCUGGUGUCGAUUGUCAUGACUGCCUCCACCACGACCCUUCGCUAUCCUGGCUAUAUGCACAAUGACCUUGUCGGAAUCACUGCGUCCCUCAUCCCUACCCCACGUAGCCAUUUCCUCAUUACCUCAUACACGCCGUUCACGGGCGAUAAUGUCGAGCAGGCAAAGACAGUCCGAAAGACUACAGUGCUAGAUGUCAUGCGCCGCCUCCUACAACCCAAGAAUCGCAUGGUCUCCAUCGUUCCUAGCAAGUCCAGUUGCUACAUCAGCAUCCUCAAUAUCAUCCAAGGUGAAGCCGAUCCGACAGACGUGCAUAAGUCCCUACUGCGUAUUCGCGAGAGGCGCCUAGCCUCUUUUAUUCCGUGGGGACCUGCAAGUAUCCAGGUUGCCCUUUCUAAGAAGUCACCGUACUUGCAGAAUACGCACCGUGUCAGCGGACUUAUGCUGGCAAACCACACGUCGGUUGCAACUCUAUUCAAACGGACAUUGCAGCAGUACGACAGGUUGCGGAAGCGGAACGCUUUCUUGGAACAGUACAAGAAGGAAGCUCCGUUUGCGGACGGUCUCGGUGAGUUUGAUGAGGCCAGGUCGGUCGUCAUUGAUCUUGUGGGAGAAUACGAAGCUGCUGAGCGCGAGGACUAUCUCGACCCAGGUGCCGGGAAGGAGAAGGAUGUUGGAGUUUGAUCUGAUUUCCUAUUUUUUUUUCUUUGCUUUUUCAAGGGGUGAUCUGUUAUCUGGCAUGUUUCUGGCUGGAAAGGGCGUUUACUUCAUUGAUAUGUUACCUACGAAUCCAAGCGGGUUGAAUUAAUGCUUAAAAUAGUUCUGAGAUGAUUGAGUCUGUAUACUGGAGCUGAGGCCUCUGGUAAUGAAUGCUACUUUCGCAAUGUCUAGGAAACAUCCAUCAUGGCUGCAUACAUUAACUAUUUCUGUAUCUCUCAGUCUGUCGCUCUUCGAUGUGGUCUAUCGCUGCAGCUUGAAGGCUUCACCAUGUCUCCCUAGCCAAAUCAGGCAAUAUCGUGAUUCUAACAGCAACAUCAUAAUCUUUCUUUCGACAACUGCAUGAGAAAAGACACACAUUCACCACACAGAUCCUCCAUAACCUUUUCCUAUUUUCCCUCGAAACAUCAGGGCAGCGUCAUCAAUAGGAGACUUCGACGCAUAUCUAGCCAUGGUGGGAGCCGUGCAGCAAGAAACUGAAAUUCAGCCGCGAGACUGGAGUCUGAAUCCUUGAAGAAGUAGCGCUCAGAUUCACCUGGGAUAAUAAUGAUGGUUAUUAUGAUGCUCUUCCGGAUCCGGAGUCAAAACUAGAACCGAAUCCGGAUGUGUCGUCACAGAAUCGUUCUCGUCUGCCUCUUCCUCAUAGCUGACAACUCCCAGGCUCCGGGCAUAUACGUCACUUACGUGAAGCCUCCUGGGAGCGACAACCUUACGGCCAAAAACAAGAAAUCCGCUACAGCUGAUAAAGAAAAAUGACUGAUGGAGAGCCACACAAUGAUUCCUAGAUGAUCAGGCCAACGGGGAUGGAGACAUAUCGGACUGGAUAAAGAAGUGACAGCACAUUCAAAUAUGGAAUCAUCUAUUCGAUUUGGAGUUAAACUUUUCCCUUCGAGGGAAGCCCAGACCAGUCGGAUAGCCUGGACUACCUUGAUUCCAAAGGCAGGGAAUAGACAAGGUUUCGCGAGGCAAAGCUCCACAAUUCUAAUAAUAAGAAGAAAUUCUUCCUUGCUGACAUACGCCGUACCGGCAUAUUCUCUGUAGGCAGCAACAGCCAGUUGGCGGCUGGCGGCUGGCGGCCGGAAGGAAGCUUAAAACAGUGAAACUGCAGUAAACAUGUUCUCCGAUUGGGCUCGGAAAGUCUGAAUCUGCCGGAUGAAGCUCAAAGCAGCACGAGAAAUGGAGCUUUUGAU